AAUUAUGAUUUCCGACAGCACUCGAAUGCAGCACAGUCCCGCAGAGUUGACGCGGCUAACUGGACACAAGCUAAUGUUCAGCAUGUCUGAGAAAGAGCUGGGUAAAAAGUGGGACCGGUGCCUCGCUGACGGUGCCAUUAAACUCGGUACUGGUCUGGGUUUAGGAAUCGUCUUGUCUGUCAUCUUCUUUAAACGGCACACAUGGCCAAUUGCAUUCGGCUCAGGAGCAGGACUUGGCAUGGCAUAUGCCAACUGUCAGAAUGACCUCAGGUCACACUACCUGCUGCACAGAAGAGAAAAAGAGUAAAGGCUGCAAGUCAACAAGGGACUGUCAGGGUUUUGUUCUUUUUGGAAUUUGUUUUGUUUUGUCUCUGGUAAAUUGACAGUUUGCACUGUUCUACGUGUUCAUUAUUCCACCUCGUAUGUGUCUCAUCAUGACAGUCUGUGUUUAUUUAAUAAAACAAUCAUAACUACAAUGA